GUUCUGCGGAGCAAAGAACUCCUGUUGGCUAACCACGCAACCACGCCACAAGCUCUGAUGACUACAUUGACCUAGACCACUGACCACCAAAGCGGGACCAGUAUACCAUGACUCGCGGCUGAAACUUGAAGGAUUCUCUCCACAGCACAACCCCUACACGCGCGGUUGUCCCUGAUAGUAGUUCGCGAAUACUUUCGCUUGCGGGUAUUGCGAAACCAAUGAUCUCCCGGAACCCUCACUGUCAGGCAUAUUAAUGCUAAUAUAAUAGCACCGCCGCCGCUGUUAGGCAGGCAGUCUAACUACCCGGACGAUCCAGACUACAACUCACCUCUUUGCCUUGGCAGAAAAAUCCCAUACUAUCCAAGUACAAAAGACGUUUUUCCCCAUUGCAUCGGCCACUUGCUUUUUACCAUUGACCGCCGCUACGAACCGAAGCACGCAAGUAAUAAGAAAUUCUAUCAACCCUUGCAAUCAUCGUUUGAUCACCACACAUCACCAAAAUGGCCAUCAUCAAGUCCUUCGUUACUCUUACCCUGCUCCUGGGCUCGUCUCUCGGCGCACUCGCCGCUGGCAACAAAACUGCUACCAACGGCAUUGGAAGCCUUCCCGCACAAAGACAUGUUAUCUCUGUCGAUCAAGCUGAGAGCAUUAUCGCUGCCGCCGUGAAGGAGGCAUCAACUGUUAUCCCCGAGAACAUUGCCAUUGUCGACCCCUCAGGUCUGCUUGUCGCUUUCCACCGCAUGGACAACGCAUACCCCGGUAGCAUCGACAUCUCCAUCAAGAAAGCUCGCACUAGCGUGCUUUUCAACGGCAUGGCUACCGCAGACCUUAACGCUGCUGCUCAAGGUGUUCUCUACGGUUCGUUCGACAAUGUCAAGAAUGAAAUGGACUCGAACUAACCAGUUUUCCAGGUGUUGAGGAGACCAACGGCGGUCUUGUUGUCUUUGGUGGUGGUCUUCCUCUCUACAAGGACGACUACCUGAUCGGCGGUAUUGGUGUUAGCGGUGGCUCCGUUGACCAGGACGUUCAGGUCGUCAAGGCCGCUGUCUCCUGGUUCAGCAACGCCACCCUGUCCCACUACUAAGCAAGUGAUACGACAAGCAAAAGUUUCCUUUUCUCAUGCGUUCGAAGUGGGGUUUUGUGAUGUCUUUCAAUACCCUCGACGCACAUAUAUCUCUUUGAAUUUGAUACCCUUCUAAC